ACAUAUAUAAUCAUGAUCAUUGAUAUAACCAACCAUUUGUUUAGCAUUAUAACAAGUAAAUGAAUAUAUUGAAGAACAUCAUAAGCAGUGAAUUGGGUUCUUGAGUUUUGAGUGAAAGAUUGUGUUUUUCAAUCCUUUAUGGCUUCACUUCUGAAAAAACUGCGACCUGGUGUUGUGCCUGCAAUUCAUGAUGAUAGUGGUGAUUUUAGCUAUGAGUACUCCUUUGCAGAGGAGUACAAAGGCCCUCCUAUCAGAUACUCCAUUCCUGAAGCACCUCCUUUCAACCUUGAUAAAAUCCCACUUGCUCCUCUUGCUCCUUCUCCCCCUCUUGAUCACUCCUCACUCCCAAUUAUCCAACCUUUCAGAAAAACCAAUGCUAGUAGUACAAAUCCCAAACUCCCUAUAGUUCCUCUUCCUGAUCUUGAAGUUGAACAAGAGACAGGAUUUCAUGUUUUUAUUCCAAGUAAUUCUGACACAACACAAUCAGGUUCAACAUCAAGCUUUAGUCCUGUUUCUUGUGAGAUAGUUCCAUGCAUGGAAGAUGAUUGUGAAAAUAUCCCAGCUACUCCAAGACAUGUCAGAAGGCCUUCAGCUGUGACUUUUCGUGAGCCUCAGUCAAAUGACAUGGUGGAUGAUGAAGAGUUUGUUGAUUCUCAAGGUGGGGGAUUCAUGGCUUCGGCCAAGAACAAUGUGAGACCGCGUGCUGUUAGAGAGGGGAAGAAAGGCACUUGCUAUCGAUGCCUUAGAGGGAACCGUCUCACUGAGAGGGAAGUUUGCAUUGUUUGCAGUGCAAAGUAUUGCCGCAGCUGUGUGAUUAGAGCAAUGGGGUCUAUGCCUGAAGGUAGAAAGUGUGUUACUUGCAUUGGUUAUGGAAUUGAUGAGAGCAAGCGAGGAAAGCUUGGGAAGUUUUCUAGAAUGCUCAAGAAGUUGUUGUCUGAGUUUGAAGUAAAGCAAAUCAGGGAAGCUGAAAAGUUUUGUGAAGCAAAUCAAAUUCCAGCAGAGAAUGUUCGUGUGAAUGCAGAGCCUCUUGAUUGGGAUCAGCUCAUGUUGCUUCUUAGCUGUCCAAACCCACCAAAAGGAUUGAAACCAGGUUUCUAUUGGUAUGAUAAAGCAUCUGGCUUUUGGGGAAAGGAAGGCCAACGACCAUGUCAAAUUAUCAGCCCUCACUUGGAGGUUGGGGGUCACUUGCUGAGAAAUGCAAGCGGUGGAAAGACAAACGUAACUAUAAAUGGUCGAGAGAUUACUAAAGAAGAGCUCUGGAUACUGAAGUGGGCAGGAGUACAAUGUGAAGGAACAACUGAUUUUUGGUUGAGUCCUGAUGGAUCAUACAUGGAAGUGGGACAGAAGAAUGUCAAAGGUCGUAUAUGGGAUAAGCCUACAGUGAAGCUAGCUUCUGUAAUUCUGUCACUGCCUGUUCCUCGUAGCUCUGUGACCUCUGGUGGUGAAGGACAAACUAAAGUUAGCCCACAUAAUCUUCAACAGAAAAUGCUUUACAAAUUUCUACUUGUUGGUUCUGUCAAGUCAGGAACAUGUACUAUAUUCAAACAGGCCAAGCUUCUGUACAAUGUUCCUUUCUCUGAAAAUGAGCGCCAAAGUAUCAAGUUGGUGAUCCAAAGCAACUUGUAUAGGUACAUUGGUAUCCUGCUGGAGGCGCGAGAAUUUUUUGAGGAGAGUUUGUGCGAAAACUGGAACAAACGGCUUGUUGAUGAAUCAACUUCAUCCGGGAAUACUGGCGAGGUUAUUGACACAACAAUCUAUUCCAUUGGUCCAAAACUGAAAUCUUUCUCAGAUUGGCUACUCCAAUACACAGUGUCAGGUAAUUUGGAUGCAAUAUUUCCAGCUGCUGCACGUGAGUAUGCACCACUGGUGGAGGAGUUGUGGAGGGAUCCAGCCAUUCAGGCCACAUACAACAGGAUAGAUGAAAUCAAAAUGCUACCUAGAAGUGCAAGUUACUUUCUAGAGCGGGCUCUUGAGAUUUCAAAGAUAGACUAUAAACCCUUGGACAUGGAUAUCUUAUACGCUGAGGGUAUAACCUUAUCUAACAGCCUUACUUCAAUGGAAUUUUCAUUUCCUGUGUCUGGUCAUGAUGUGGACUCUUUGGACCCUGAGUAUCAACAUGAUCCUUCACUCAGGUACCAACUUAUCAGAGUAAAUCAAAGAAGCCUUGGAGAAAACGGCAAGUGGUUGGACAUGUUUGAAGACACUGAUGUAGUCUUAUUCACUGUUUCCUUAUCUGACUAUGAUGAGUACAUAGUAGACAGUAAUGGAGUUUCUACCAACAAGAUGUUAGCAGCCAAGAAUCUGUUUGAAAAUAUCAUUGCCCAUGAAGCCUUCAAGAACAAGAAAUUCCUUUUAGUACUAACAAAAUUCGAUCUGCUAGAGGGAAAGAUUGAAAGGGUGCCUCUAACAAGAUGUGAAUGGUUCUGUGACUUCCAUCCAGUUAUCAGCCAAAAUAACACAAGAGGAAGUAUUAGUAAAUAUAGCAAUCAGACUCCAUUGGCUCUGCGUGCUUUUCAAUAUAUUGCUGUCAAGUUUAAGAGAUUGUUCCAUUCCCUUACCGAUCGAAAGCUGUUUGUUUCAUUGGUUUCUGGAUUAGAACCUGAUCCUGUUGAUGAAGCUAUGAGAUAUGCCAGAGAGGUAGUGGAGUGGGAAAAAUGGGAUCCCUCUUCUAAAAAUGGGAGGUCUGAGAUGAUAACUACAACAACCUUUGAGGAGGCUACCACCUUAUGAUUUUUCCUACAAUAUAAUUGUAGAAGGACUAACACAGUUCCACAAGCAGCUCAGAAAGAUUCAUGUUAAGAAGAUUGAGACAUUAGAGGAUUCAGAGAUUUUUUUCUCAUAGAUUCAUGAAGCUGGACUGCAUAAAAUAAUUUGGAUGAGAGUAGAGCUUCUUCCUGUUGUAAGUCUAUGAAAUUUUGUAUAUAUGGAUCCCAUAAAUGUACACUAAAUUAAAACACCUAAAAAAUGCAGAGCAUAGAAAAUAGUGGUUGAAAAAACAUCUUUGAUAUUAACGGAAGACAGAUUCUUGUCCUUAUUUUUUUUAAUCUCAAGCUAAAGCUCACUUGUUUGUGAAAAUAUCGUGAGUAUAAAAAUAUCUGCUUCUUUCUGGCACUUUACUUUGAUGCAAAAAGGCCAAUAGUCCUUUUCAAGAAAGCAAUGGCAGCUUAAUACUGAGUGAAUAUAACUAUCUUGUCUCAUGCUAACACUGAUAUUUUCUUAAGUUGAAAAAUAUCCACAGAUGAGAGAGAACUUUAUCACUAAUAAUAUCUUGGGAGCUCUGAACUUUCAUGCACAUCAAAAGAAGUUAUCCAGGGAUUCCCUUGAGAGUUCUGACCAAGAAAGGCAAUGGCAAUUUCUUUUUCUACUAAUUACAAAGUUGGUUGAUGAACUUCCUCUGCAUGAUUGCAUUGCCCGUGUAUCAAAUUUGUUACACUGCAUUAGAAUUGGAAAGUAAAAACUUCCCAGUUUUCUUCUGUAUCCUGAGAAAUUACUUUUCAAGAGUUCUUCACUUUGAGGGAGAAGGU